AGAGAAAAGACAGAAUUGAGAAGGCCGCAUUCACCGGCUUUUGGCCGAAGUACUGCAGAUUCUCUCCUGUACCGCAUCAAUUGGCACCGAGCGCCCCCCUCGAUCACCCCGGGCCUCGGCCCUCCCUCCCGGGUGGGAGUCGGUUUUCUUUCCAAACAGGGAAAAGUGUUCCACGAAGCGGUAGCGCCUUACCGCCUCGCCUUCUCCUCCCUGACCCAGGGCCCGGCCCCCGUCCCGGCGCAAGCUGGUGGAGCCAGGGCUAGAAGCCCUCGGUGCCCCGGGAGCGCAGCGCGCAAGGGACCCGGGCGCGGGGCCAGCGCCCGCACAUGGCUGCAGCCCCCCGCGCGCACCCCGAGGCGCCGCGCCCUGCUAGCAGAAGGUCCGUCGGCUGCGCUCGGUCGCCCUGCAGCCAAGCAGCGCUGAGCCGGGAAGUGUCUGUGUCUGGGGAUCGGGAUGUCCCUCUUCUUCCUCUGGCUAGUAUCUUAUUAUGUUGGAACGUUGGGAACUCACACUGAGAUCAAGAGAGUGGCAGAGGAAAAGGUUACCUUGCCCUGUCACCAUCAGCUGGGACUUCCAGAGAAAGACACCCUGGACAUUGAAUGGCUGCUCACGGAUAAUGAAGGGAACCAAAAAGUGGUUAUCACUUACUCCAGUCGCCAUGUCUACAAUAACUUGACUGAGGAACAGAAGGGCCGAGUGGCCUUUGCUUCCAACUUCCUGGCAGGAGAUGCCUCCCUGCAGAUCGAGCCUCUCAAGCCGAGUGAUGAAGGCCGAUACACCUGCAAGGUGAAGAACUCAGGACGCUAUGUUUGGAGCCACGUCAUCCUAAAAGUCCUAGUGAAACCAUCCAAGCCCAAGUGUGAGCUGGAAGGAGAGCUGACAGAGGGUAGCGACCUGACGCUGCAGUGUGAGUCGGCCUCGGGCACGAAGCCCAUUGUGUAUUAUUGGCAGCGGAUCCGGGAGAAGGAGGGAGAGGAUGAACACCUGCCACCCAGAUCUAGAAUCGAUUACAACAACCCCGGCCGAGUGCUGCUGCAGAAUCUCACCAUGGCCUCCUCUGGGCUCUACCAGUGCACAGCAGGCAAUGAGGCUGGAAAGGAGAGCUGUGUGGUACGAGUGACUGUACAGUACGUGCAAAGCAUUGGCAUGGUAGCAGGAGCAGUGACGGGCAUCGUGGCCGGAGCCUUCCUCAUUUUCCUCUUGAUCUGGCUGCUAAUCCGAAGGAAAAGCAAAGAGAGAUAUGAGGAAGAGGAGAGACCUAAUGAGAUUCGAGAAGAUGCAGAAGCCCCCAGAGCCCGCCUUGUGAAGCCGAGCUCCUCUUCCUCAGGCUCCAGGAGCUCCCGCUCUGGCUCUUCCUCCACCCGCUCCACAGGGAAUAGCGCCUCCAGGAGCCAGCGGACACUGUCCAGUGAAGCAGCGCCCCAGGCGGGGCUAGCCACCCAGGCGUACAGCCUCAUAGGACCAGAAGCAAGAGGUUCUGAACCAAAGAAAGUGCACCACACGACCCUGACCAAAGCAGAAACCACACUCAGCACAAUCCCCAGCCAGAGCAAAGCCUUCCAAACUGUCUGAAUCACAGUGGACUUGACUUGCGCUUUUUCCGGAAGUCAGGAUCUUAGCCUAGCCACUGGAGCUCCUUCACCAGCCACACAGCCCCUCAGCCAGAUAAGAACUCACUUAAGUAGCUGCCAACAUGGCACGGACCAGUUCUGAUAAGCACCUUCCUUAUAGGACACCAAACAAUGGACGUAGGCAGGUCAUCUCUAUAAAGGCGCCUCAUCGUGCCUUCCGAGCGGAGGUGGAGGGAAGGAGGGGCCCAAACCUAAUUUGCUCACCAGAACUUGUGGUGAAAAUAAGGGAGAGGUGAGGUGGCGUACACCUGAAACAUCUUACACAGAAGAGUUGCAGGUCACCACAGUCAAGAAGAAAUGGGAAUCUCAUAGGUCAAUUUUCUAAUCAUUUCUGCAAAUGUAUCGGAUUAGCGUGAUUAUCCAGAUAGUCAAAAGAGAAACCCACAGCCUUAUAUUACACCUCUCUGCAACAUGUAUGGGGACAACUGCUUCAAAGAAACUCACAUUAAAAAAAAAAGAAACACUUUUUUUUUCUACCUUGACUUGACUUCAUGUAUCAUAAGGUCUGAACAUUAAUUUGGGGAGGAUUUGAAAUAGUGGGAAACAGAGAAAAGUGGUUUUCUCUUUCCUUAUCUACAACCAACCUUCAGAUUUCCAUGGGACCCAAAAUAAUAACUAAGAAAAGAGUCCAACCAAGAUGGGACACGAUGCUGUGAAGAAUUCCAUUUUGAUUUUCAGAGGAUUGCUAAUAGAUAACAAAACAUAUAUCCGGGGCAGUUGUGGGUCAUUACUCAAAUCUGACACCCCUAAAGACUUCCCUACUGGAAGUUUCUAGAAGAAACAAACAUUCACGUCACUUAAUGAAUGUCCUUAGGGAACGAAUCCUCUAGAGAACGUCUCUUAGGAAAGUUGAAAGAUCCUCUUGCAUUCUGCCUCCGGCUCCUCUCUCUGAGAACAUGUGAAACCAGACUGUCAAGACUGACUGGAAUAGAGAGGGACAUUAGACCUUUCCCUUGCUAGGUCAAAGGACACUUAAUACUGGCCCAAGCUUGGCGAUUCUUCUGUUUCUUUCAUUUUAGAAGGAUGUGAAUGUGGGACCUUUGAAGACUCUAUAGGCCUUAAAUUUUCAGGGAUCAUUUCCUAAAGGCAUUGAAAAUACAUGGCCCAUCACUUCCCACUAAAAGGCUGAACCGGAGGGAACCACAGUGUCUCUCUUCUCCGCCUUAGCCUCCAAGAAAAGUCUAACUGUGGGCUGGAAGGAACGCAGACUACCAUUAGGGAGCAGGUGGUGAGAAAAACAAGUGGGUGAAGGGAGAGGGUUCAGCUAACAGCUGGUAAUGCUUUCUUCCUUGUCGGCAUUUGGGAAAGAAUUAGCAGAAAGGAUUCACCAGCAAAACUAUCAAAACAACUCAUACAUGGGGGCGGGGAGAAAAAGGUGUCCAAGAAAUUAAAAAACAAAAAACCAGCCAGUUCCCGAUAAGUAACUUGCCUUUUGAAUGGUUUUGACAAAUAGAUUACCUAUGGCAUAGCUGCUUAACCUGAAUUAGCUCUUCAAGGAACAAGGCAAAGUCAGCAGGUCCUGGUGGGUGGAGCAGAGCGGUUCCUUUUGUCAACCAGGGCAAAGGCUAGAGGGAAGCGGGAGCCGCGGCGGCCACUGUGAAGAAGCAGUUUCUGAAGUGGCACUCAGAUGCUGACAGGGAGAGGUGGAUGCACAGUAUCGCCCCGUUUCUCUGGCUUUUUAUCCUGUGUUUAACUCGCCUAAGAGCAUCCUCACAGAGUAUACAUACAUUUCCUUCUAAAGUGCCUGGGAAAUGAUGUUUGCAUUGAGUUGUCUGGAUUGGUUUGGGUGAGCUUCACGCAUGCUAAAGUGACGGUCCUAACCUGAGUUUUGUCUUCCUUUGAAAGAGGUAGAAAUAAGAGACAUUGGGGUUAUAACACAAAUGCCUGUUCAUUUGAGAGAAUAGGCAUAUUUGAAAUGCUUCUUCUACUAACUCUUAUCUCGUUGUAAGAUUUUUUUUUAAGCCCUUUACUCUGACUACAUUUUUAUUCUUCCUGGAGGAUGGUAUCCAGGCAACAUGCCUCUUCUGCUAUGUAAUUCUGAGAAUUCUCCUUCCUGGAGUCCCUGAGCCAAAGGAGCUUACCAUGAAGGCUGCAGCUGGGUCGUCACUAGCAAUCUUCUCAGUGCUUCCUGCCUUUGAGCAGCAGGGGUUUCCUGUCUGUGCUCUCGGAGCAGGAACCAGUGCCCUUUGUUUGAGAAGGAAAUCCCCAUUAUUUAAAAGCGUUGUUGGAAACUAUCCAAAAAUUACCUGGAAAAUUCAUUCCCAAUGGAAAACUACAAUAAGGACAAAAACGAGAUUGUAGUAGGCUGAGAAAUUCUGAGAGAUAAGGCACUGAAGUCGUAGCAAUGACAGAGCUCCUUCCCUUUGAAUCAGGCGGUCAGCUUCAGCAAGACAGAGGGCCGGCUGCAGAUGCAGUGAGAGCCACCACAGGCUCCAAACCUUAGUCCCCUGAUUGUGCAAACCAAGCUGAGCGAGUCCUUAAUGUGAAGCAAAUAGAAAAUGAAAAAAAAAAUGAUGAACAGAAGCCAAAUAAAUAAAUAAAAUAAAAGUUUGUAAGAGAAAAAUGCAGAUGGAAGGAUGUGGACGUUUAAAGAGAAACCAUUUCAAUAAAAUACAUAAGCCAAACUCAAAUCUGUAAAAUAGUGAAAUGGAGGUUUUUGUUCUUAUGUUGUAUGCAAAGGACUUUAGAAUUCUGUUCCAAAAAGUUUUUAUCGUUUGCCUCAUUUCUGGUGUUUUUCUGUUUCUGUGUCACUCGGCUUUGUUGCCUUGUAAACGAAACUGUACGCGUCACAAAGCAGUUACAGACUGUAACUCCAUGUGUAUCGGCAAUGAAAAAAUAAAUAAGGGAAGACAGUACUGUAGGAGAAGCUGGGGUCCGUGGAACCUGCACUGGAAAAAUACAUUUAUUUAUACCUUGCUGCCAAAAGGACAGAGCUCAGGCCAAAAGAUCUAUUAGUGACUGACUUCAGUCACAAGUUUAUUGUUAAUCCCAGAGAUUCAAAGAGAAAGACCGCCGACCCAAAUCAUCAUGGCCAAAUUAAUUAAAGUAAGCAAUUAGUUAAAGCAGGUGGGUUCAUUAGUAUAGGAAGUAC